AUGUACCGGGGUCCUGGCUAUGAACGCUUUCCAGUGGUUCUGGGCACUGUGGCAGGCCACCAAGAGCUCUGUGAUAAAUGGGACGCCGAGCAGCACCUGAGCCUGUACAGGAGUCCGUCCGACCCGAGGCAAAGAAGCAUCUCGCCGCUCUUGAUUGAAAGGACAAAUUCGAAGUCAAGCAAUGGAUCCGGCACAGGAGCUGACGGUAGCAGGCUACGUGAAGAGGAAUGUCUAGCAAGCAUCCGGAACAUCCUCCCGGAUAUUGAUCGCGAAUUUGUCCGGAAAAAGCUCCAAAAAUACUCUGCCUUCCUAAACCACAAUGAUGAUGACUGCCAAGUCAUGCAUCAAGCAGAUGAUAUUGCGCAGGAAAUCAUUGAGGAGAUUCUGGAAAUGGACAGCUACCCCAAGGAAACAGCGAAGGCAUCUGACGAUGCUCAAGGUGUGGAGGCUGAAGAUGGUACAGGCGUCACUAUAAGAUGGGAUCAACAAUUGCCCAAGAGCGAGACCUACGCGAAAGAUGCGGUUAUAAUGCUUGCAAGAACAUUCGACCACGUUCCUACUGUCUAUAUCGCCAAAGUUGUGGCCGAAAAAGGCUCCAUAUUUGCGGCGUAUGUUUGUAUUCACGAACACGAGGAUGUCGACUCUCCAUCGGAUCGGCCAUAUUCGCGACUUCGUCGUGCGAGGACUAGGAUCGAGAGAAAGUACCAACUCACGUACAGUGAUGAGGAUCACCAUCACUCUGCUGCUUAUGCCAAUCAAGUCAACGAACUACAAGCCGCCAAACAACAUGUCGCUCGACGAGCAAUACGAGCCGCAGAGGAAAAAGCCAAAUCCGAACAUGAAGCCGACAAUCUUGCCAAACACAAGGCAAGUGGCGCAGUGAUGGAAUGUCAGUGCUGCUUUGACGACGAGGUCCCGUUGAAUCGGCUCGUGUCGUGUACGGCGGAAGUGUCUCACUUCUUUUGCUACGCAUGCGUUCGAAAUCUGGCCGAUACUCAAAUCGGCUUAAUGCGAUAUGAACUGCAAUGUAUGGACGGGAGUGGGUGCACUUCUGAGUUGUCUGAACCCGAGGUCCGCAACGCCAUUCCAACAAAGACAUUCGAUCGCCUACAGUGGGCUAAACAACAGGCCGAGAUCAUCGCGGCUGGGAUUGAAGGCCUCGAGGAAUGUCCUUUCUGCGAUUACAAGGCGGUAUGUGGCGAUAUCAGUAUACAGCCGUCCUUUGAGUGCAAGAACCCAGAUUGCAGUCGUGUCAGCUGUCGAAAGUGCCAUAAGGACGACCACGCACCGAAGACAUGUGAAGAGAUGCGCAACGACAAUAUUUUAUCGGCCCGACAUCUUGUGGAAGAGGCAAUGUCCGAAGCGGUCAUGCGAACCUGUCCAACCUGCAAGGUCAAGAUCAUCAAAGAGUAUGGGUGUAACAAAAUGGUCUGCACCAAGUGUCGCACCAUGAUUUGCUAUGUGUGCAAAGCCAAUCUUUCCCAGCUCAAAGACCCGUACCAGCAUUUCCACACCGUGCCCCCGGGAGGCGGGAAAGUAUGUACUCUACACGACCGGUCAGGGGUGGAUCGACAUGAGACGGAAGCAAACGAGGCGGAAACCGAAGCCAUCAAACAGGCCAAAGAAAAGGAUGCCGAAGUGGAUCCUUCCAAGUUGCGCAUUACAACUGAUGACACUGGCAAACGAAGACAGCCGGCUUCAGCAGCACAGCCUGCUGGCCCUGUACGUUACCCUUUCUUGGCAGGUCUUGGUCCGCCUGAAUACCAGAACUUUGAGCGGCUUCUGGUGGAACAGGACGGCCUGGCGCAUCCUAAUGUAUGGGCUGAGGUUGUUGCAAACGCCGGUCUACCAGAGCUGUUAAAUCAUCCAAUCAACAACGAACGGGACGACGCCAUCGGCGGAAACUUGUUUCCCGCGGCAGUGCCCGUUGGACUGGAUCGACCACCUUUUGAUGUUCGAAAGGAGUAUCCUGGAUUGUUCAGAAGAGACCCUGCAGGUCCAGCUGCAAAUCUCGAUCCGUGGCCCUUUGAUGCAGCUCGAGAGAGAUGGCGUCAAAUGGGCAACGGCAACCUGGGCGUAGGAAUGGACUUGAAUGGUCCUCCAGGAAACAACUACGGGCAACAACCAAACAGAGGAGCAGUACGUCCGAUUAUAACUUACACUGGGCCGGGCCCUCUAGGGGCUGCAGCAUUUCAGAACAUGCCAUUGCCAAUGCCAGCCGCCCACAACGCCGCACAACAGGCACAAGGUCUGAAUAUGUAUCCUCAGGUCCCACACAUUCAACCACCACGGAUAGGGCCCAUUCCUCCGUAUUUCAACGGCCUCCCUCUCCCUGGCCGUGAUAAUAUGAGGGAUCAUCUUCGGAUUCCUCGAACGCUUCCUGGGCCUCCUGUGGCAGGUCACAGACGGACUAGUGCUGCAGCUGGCCUUCCACCCUUUGGUGGUCAGGUGUAG